GAUGGCUGAAUUUCAGCGACUCGUGCACUCAGUGCUAGUCGCGGUGUGGCUCUGCACUGCUACUGGGGCUGCUGGAUCUCCUCCAGCGGAGGGAGACCUACGUCUGGCGCACAGCAACCCGAACCUGCGGAGCUGCGGUCGAGUGGAGGUCUUUUACAACGGGAGCUGGGGGACGGUAUGCGACAACAGUUGGCACAAACGGGACGCGGACGUGAUAUGUCGCCAGUUGGGCUUCGUGGAGGGAUCGCGGUUCCGGUGCCACGCCGCAUGCUUCGGGGAGGGCGAGGGGAAGGUGUGGAUGGACGCGCUGGCGUGUCCUCGCGGCGGGGACAAAGUGAUGCUCUGCGACUUCAAACAGUGGGGCGAGCACGACUGCACGCACGCCAACGACGUCGGCGUGUGCUGCAAGGGAGAGCAGGUUAUUCUGGCUCCACUAGCCCAGACUGACGAAACUCGCGUACGCAUCUCGUGUCCCUGCGCCGCCGACGGUCGUUGCCUGUCUUGUCCUGCGAGACUGACCCCGUCUCGGACAGAAGACUGCACUGAGCCUUCCUCAGCCGCGGUAGAAGGGAUGGUAGAGGUCUCGUUCGGAGAAAAAUGGAUACCUGUCAGUGCUGGAGCGUGGUCUCCCGCGGCGGCACGCGUGGCAUGCGGCGAACUUGGCUACCCGCUCGCUCUCGACACCUCCGUGAUCUUUGCCAACGACGCGUGCACAGUGGAGGAAGGCCGGAGGCUCAAGGACUCCUCUAGUGGUGCAAGCCGGGUCGUCACGUCCGUGGAAUGCAACGGAGACGAAUCAAUGUUGACAAACUGCAGUCUGGAAACUGGCCCAGGGUCGAGCACCUUCUGUGCUGCCAAGCUCGUAUGUGGGUUCCUUGCUCCUCCAGAUUGCCCUAAUAGCAACCAGACAUACAGACUCAGAUCAGGUGCACUCCCGUGGGUGGGAAGGUUGGAGGUGAAAAUCGACGGAAAGUGGGGGACUGUGAGCGACAAUAACUUUGGGAUGGCGGAGGGCAACGUCGCAUGCCGAGCAGCUGGCUUUGGCAGUGCAGUUGCUGUUCAGAGUGGCUCACAGUACGGCCGUGGAAUUGGACGAGUACACCAUCAUAAUCUGCGGUGUAUUGGUAAUGAGAGCUCAUUGAGUGAGUGCUCCAGUACACCGGCCAGUGAUGAUCUUGACCAUUCUGGAGAUGUCGGAGUGCGCUGUCACAGCCCCAACCCAUGCUCCUCCAUACUGAGACUGGCGCCAGGAGGUCCAGAUUCAGAGAGUCAAGGAUCGAGGAGUGGUCAUCCUCAACUCACAGGGAGCCAAGGGCCGGGCCUCCUGUGUCCCGGAGUACUGGAUGUACCGUCUGCCCGAGUCGCUUGUGCCAGCACCUCCGAGAUGUUUCUGCAGAGUAUGACGCGAGUGACUGCCCCGAGUAAUGACACGACCAGCGUGUUCUACAGAGGGAGGAUAGAGUGCGGCGGAGGGGAGGCUGAUAUCACCGAGUGCUCCGUUGAUGUGGAGGCUGUGGCUCAGUGCCCACAUGGUCUAGUGCAGGAGCUCACGUGCACCUCUUGUGUCCCAGACCUGGUCCCUGAUCUGGAGUCAUUCCGCAGCUCUCUUGCCCGGUACUCCUCCCCACUCACCUCCUAUUUCCCAGCCAUAUCUCACACCCCCAUGACCUUCCUCACUUGUGCCCUGGAGGAAAACUGCCUCUCCAGCUCUGCCAACACUGCCAGGAGCUCCGACUAUAGAACACUUCUGAAGUUUGAGAGUUUUACCAACAACUGGGGACUGUGCCCCUUCCUGCCCAACCUGGACCGCAGCGACUGGAUAUUCCACGACUGUCACCGCCACUACCACUCCUUUGAGGCCUUCGUCGACUUCAACCUAGUCGACCCCGCCACGGGGGUCAAAGUUGCCGACGGACACAAAGCCUCGUUUUGUCUCGAGGACACUGUGUGUGCCGAGGGACAUUCGCCACACUACAUGUGCAGGCCGGACUCUGACCAGGGGAUCUCGGCGAAUUGUGGAGAUCGCUACGGACGCUACCUGGACUGUCAAUGGAUCGAUAUAACAGGGGUCCCCUCAGGGACGUACCUGGUGAGCCAGCUGCUCAACCCGCAUCAAGAUUCCAGUGAGAGCGACUUUCGCAACAACGAAGUCACCUGUGAGGUGGAGCUGGUUGUCGAGGACUCCACGGUGGACGUCAUUGAUUGCUGGCAGUCAGAUCACACAUGAAGAAUCACAACCACCCACCCUCAUCGCUAACACCCACCUUUCAUCCCAGAAUUACUUAUAAUAAAAAUCAUCACUGCGCUCAGCUUUUCAUUCAAAUUCAUUUUGUAUAAAGAAUUGUAUAUAAUAUACACAUGCAGUAUAUAUUACAAACAGCCAGAAAGAUAAUCGCCUAAUGUAGCUAUAUAGUACAACAUAAAGUAGUUCGUGGUUACUGAAAAUCCCUCAAAUUUUCGCUCUAUGUUCCCAUCUUCUGACCUGGGAUCAAAUUGAAGUCUCCUGUUCUUUCGAGGGCUGGCCGGGGUCUGCUGACAUCUGCGGGGACACCCCUCGAUGACGAAGACCGAUUGCCUCAACCCUCUCCUCAAUCUUCGUCGACUUGCUGGGUAGGUAAUUGUCUGCAUCGUCAGGGAGCUCCCAGCAAAUCUCGUCGUCAAAGAGGUGGUCCUCAUCAACGUCAUCCUCUCCCUUCAACUUUGGCAGGAAGCGAACUAUUGCACCUGUACACACACAUCAACUUUCACUAUUAAAUGCUCCGUCUCCUUGUAAUAGCCCCAAGUGUGGGUGGGUUAGUGGUGGGAUAAUGGCAACAGUGGAGUAAAUGUGGUCAACUAUCUGCGAGAUAGUAAACCCAGGAACACUACACACACAUAUGCAGGGGCAAUCCCAUUGCUACUCUUUGGGGGAAAUGUGAAACUGUAGCUUCCCACACAUUGCUCUUUCCACCUCUGACAGAUAACUACAGUUCAUCCCUCAAUGGCAAAAAAUAGCUGUUUUUCAGUCUGAAGAAGGUUACCCAGGACAGUAUGGCGCACACAGCUCAUAGAAGCCCCCACUACCCAGAGAUAGCUAUGUUUCUGGUGUUCCUGCCAACCCAUAGCACUAUGGUACACAUGUAGCUCACCAGUGAUGAGGCCUCCGAUGAUGGCAAUGGCAAGAGUGGUAGCGAGACAGGCCAGCUGGUACCCUGCCUGC